AUGCUUUUCGAGGUGUGCAAGCACGCUUUAUACCUCGCCGUUAUGGCGCAGAUUGGCUAUGCCAACGCACAGACCGGGCCGGUGCCCGUUGUUGGUAUAUCGACAGGCAUCGAUCAGACUACGGGCAAGGUGCCCUCGCGAAUGAACAUCAACACGCUAGCGCAGGAAAGGGGACCAAUGUGGGACCUCCUCAUUCGUGGACUCGACGCAUUACAGAACAAACCGGAAGACGACGAGCGAUCCCAUUUUGCUGUAGCUGGCAUACAUGGCAUGCCUUACGCCCCUUACAAUGGCGUCGGUCCAGUUUCUGGAGGCUCCGGGGGAGGGUAUUGCCCGCACCAAUCACCCCAGUUGAUCCCUUGGCACCGUGCCUACCUUGCUCUUUAUGAGCAACUCCUGAGCGACGAGGUCCGACGUCUCGCUCUGGAGUAUACUGAUGAUGAUGCUUCCAUCUACCGCGACGCGUCGGAAAAGUUACGUCUUCCGUAUUGGGACUGGGCAAGCGAUCCAGCUCUUCCACCUUCUGCUUCGAACGAAAAUGUCACAAUAAACGGCCCAGAUGGCGAGAUUGAACUUCAUAAUCCCUUGUACAGUUAUCGUUGGCAAACGUACCCGCUGAAUGAAACCCAGUUCCCAGGCCAAGGAGGUAUAGGGCCAACGACAACGCGGGAUAUAGAUGAAAAUUUGCAAAACGCAAACAAUCUCAUCAGAGAUUCCGUGUACCGCACGUUCGCUUCCACCACAACGUGGGAUCAGAUGGCUUCGAUGGCCGGCUCUGGAUCAAGUUUCGAAGCGCCGCACAAUAUUAUCCAUAAUCUCGUGGGAGGCUCAUUUGUGAGCUUGGACCUGACCUCAUUCGAUGCCUUGUUCUUGCUCCACCACUGUAAUUUAGAUAGGCUCGCUGCAAUGUGGACAGCAUCCCACAACGAAACAAUGCAGACGCAGCCAUUCCUGAGCCAGGGAUUAUAUUCCACGGCUCAGGGUGAAAACGUCACGGCGGAGAGUUCAUUGAAACCGUUUUACGGGGCCGACGGGAAAAGCUUCCAUACAGGCAGAACGGUGGCGGCGACUGAGGCGUUCGGCUACACAUACCCAGAUAUUCCAGGUCCAGACCAGGGCCGAACGAAGGACGUUAUUGCACAGAUAAACCAGCUGUAUGGAGACAUUGCCGCGGCAAAAAAGUCGGCAGCUGUUCCAAACGCACGACGUGAAUGGUUUAUUGACAUUCACGUUGACCGAGCAGACCUCCCUCUGCCCUGCAGCAUCAAUGUGUAUCUGAAAGACCAACUUGCUGGCCGGACAUUACUACUUGAAAUGCCGAAGACGGGCAUUGCUCACGACGAACUAUCGCUUUCCCGAGUCAUCAAUCGUCUUGAUGCUGAUAACAAUAGAUCUGAAUAUAUCGAGAGGGCGCUCAAAAAUGACUUACAUGUCAAAGUGAUGAAGGGUGACACCACGCUUGACGCGAGAAACAUUCCGAGCCUGGGCAUAAAAGUAGUUGGCGAGGAUGUCACGCCGCCAGGUAGCGAGUCGGAAUUCCCUUUGUACAGCAACAGGACGACGUUGAUGACUAUCAAUGUGGCAACUAUGCGCAAACAUCGGUGGUAA